AGGUUGCGAUGCUUCUCAAAUCUACCGCGUAAUAAUCUUUUCAUCUUGAUUUCGUUCUCUCUUCUGCAACGAAGAGCUCGUGACACUGCGCGACGCGUCAUUGGGCCGAGUUGUCGUGGCCAUCUGCUCAGCUAAUAGAGAAGAAGACAGACUCGUGCGCCAGACAACAGAACGGGGAAGCCUCAUACUUUUAUUGUUGUUUGCCUCUCCCGUUCAGAAACAAGCGCCUCUCUUUUUUUCUUCGUUCCUCUGCUCUUUUCGUUAGUCUCCCUCACUCCCUCUUUCUGGCGGUUGGUGACGCACGUACGCGCAGGGGAAGAAGACGAUCCGCCACGUUUUGGCGGAGUCAACAGAGGAAAAAAUAAAAGCGCGCGAACUCAUUUUAUUUGUUAUUUGUGGACCUUUUCGUGAUAUUACUCGGCUUAUCGUCGCACCGCGACGGUGCUGUCUUCGGAUUACCGCUGUAGUUGUGUUUUUUGGUGUGUGUUUUUCCGUGGUAUCUCUCUCCUCAAAUUCUUUUUGUCUUCGCUCUUUCUUCUUUACCUCCUCCGUUCAAGAGGAACCUUCCGUGUCGCGUCUCGCUCCCUUCUGGAGGAUUUUUUUCUUUGAUUUUGUGAGUUCCUUCAACCCGGCCUCGGUCUGGCCACACUCCCUUCUCAAAUCAUACUCACAUACUGAGAUCUAUAUAUAUCGCACUCAACGCACAUACAUACAGACACAGACACACGCGUGGUAACACAACGAGGAAAGGGACAGAGUCGACGAUGGAGCAGCGCAACGGUUCGUUCGGCGGCACACAGUCCCCCGACUCGGACAGCUUAGACCCCUACAUGAAAGUCGCUCGUGACGAGUCCGUUGGCUCCGCCAUCAGCUCCGACGCGGCCGACGACGGCGGCGAGCACAGCACCGACCGCCUCGCCGUCACCUCUAGCGACGACAGCAGCCGAAGCCCGAGCAACAGCCACGACCUCUUCGGCAAUCAAAGCAAAGCGGACGGCGUUUCAGGAACGUCGGCUGGUGGCCCCUCGUCGCCGAACGAGAACGAGCAGGAGGAGGCCGCCGUCGUGGCCAAGCGUCCUGCCGCUGUCGGGCUCAUCAACGAGGGCUGCACGUGUUACCUGAACUCCCUCCUGCAGCUACUCUUCCACACGAGUUACUUCCGCACGGCGGUGUAUCAAAUUCCUGUCGAGGGCGAUGACGAGCCCAGCGUCUACAAGGCGCUGCAGGAGAUCUUCUUCCAAAUGCAGGAGCGCACGACUCCCGCGCGUACCACGACGCUGACGAACGCCUUCGGCUGGGGGAAGCGGGAACUGUACGUGCAGCACGACAUUCAGGAGAUGGCGACGCUGCUGCGCGACAACUUGGAGGAGCGCAUGAAGGGCACCGUGACGGAAGGCGCGAUCAACCAGCUCUUCGAGGGUCGUGGAGAGCAGUUCGUGGAGACACUGGACAAGUCGUACGUGUCGCGCCGCGCGGACACCUACUACGACAUUCACAUCCCCCUCGGGCAGCACCACACCCUCUACGACAGCUUGGCUUCGCUCACGGCGCGCGACCAGCUCGUGGGCGACAACAGGUACCGCGUGGAGCGCGAGGGGAAGCCCGCGGUGUACAUGGACGCUGAGAAGGGCUACAGCUACACCCGCUUCCCGGCAGUGACGUGGUUCCAUCUAAAGCGCUUUGCGAUGGACCUCACCUCGCCCACGCUGGAGAUGCGCAAGGUGAACGCGCCGCUGGAGUUUCCGGUAGAAUUGGACCUGCGCGGGCUCGAGAAGCCCGAGGCGGCCGACAAGGAGCAGGAAACCCCCAAGGCAAAGGCGGGCUCGGCGGUGGUGCCGUUCCCUGCCGACUCCCCUGCCAUCUACGACCUGCAGGGCGUCAUUGUCCACCGCGGCACGGUGCGCAGCGGGCACUACUACUGCUACAUCCACGAGUGGGACUCGGCGGAGCAGCGCUACACGCGCUGGCUCGAGUACGAUGACGAGAGCGUGCGGGAGGUGCCAGAGGACGUCGCGGUGCGGGCGAAUUACGGUCGCGGCGCGCCGGUCGACUCCUUUCGUCACGAAGCCGCGAUGAUGGGGGGCGCCAAUGCAUACAUCCUGUCCUACGUGCGGCGGUCCGACGCGCCGACCAUCUUAGCCCCCUCGCCGACCGACAUCGUGUCCGAUCGCGUGAAGGAGGCACUGCGGCGUGCCAUUCAAGACGAAGAGCGGCAGCUGCGCGAGGCCGAGGAGGCGCGCAUGUCAGCAAAUCUGUGCUGCUUGACCGAUGCCACGCUGAGUGCGUACUGCGACUCGAUCUGCAGCACCGAGCUGUACACGCGGGACGCGCAUCAGUGGCGCCGCAGCGCGGAGUGCGUCGUGACGGUGAGUAAGUCGAACACCGUGGCGGAGGUGUACGAGGCCCUCGCUGCGCAGCCCGCCCUGGCACGGCGCGGCGUGACGGCGGACAACUUCCGCCUGUGGCGCUGCACGGACGCGGCGGCGCUGCGGCCGACCAUUGCGCUGCCCACCUAUGCGGAGGCCGUCGCUCGUGCUGCCGACAGCACCCGACAAGCCGCAUGCCUCUGCGACUACCUCACGUCGGAGGAGAACAACGCAGCGCUGACCAUUUGCGUCUACAUUGAUCAAGCGAAGCCGCCGCUGCCCGGGCUGCGCGGUCUGACGAAGGAGGCGAGCCUCAUCGAGAGCGUCCACCCCGAUCCGGUGACUCGGUGCUACACCGUGACGCUGUCGAAGCCGGUCGAGGCGAAGGCCUUACACGUCACGCUGGACAACUCCGACUACGCCGCCACGGUGGAGUACGUGACGACGAACACCAAGGAAACGCUGCCGGUGGCGAUGGUUAGCGUGACUGCCGGCGACAACACGGUGGCGCUGCCGCUAAAUGAGGCACGCAAGACGGUCUCGGUGACCAUCAAGGCGUACAUCGUGAACCUGCGGCAUGUACCCGUGCGGGAUGUGCAUCUGGAGCUGCCUUUCGGCCACCCGCUGUUGCAGCCGCCGCCGAGCCCCGUGACCGCCUCACCGCUGCCCGUGCUGCCUUCCAUCGGCUACGACCGCGCGUUGAUCUUCUUCAAGUACUACGACUACGCCACCAACACGAUCCAGUACAUCGGCAGCCGUCUCAUUGACCGGGCGGCCAAACUCUACUGCCUCGCCGCGGUCUACCGCAGCGCGCUCGGCCUAUCAGACGGCACGUCGUCGUCGCUCUCUACCACCGUGAGCGAGACGGGCUCCUCUACCUCGAACACAGCCAACGCAGGCCCCGCAACGGCAACCAAGCAGGCGCCCGCUCCGUCGAUGUUUCGCUACUUCGUCGAGCGCGGUGAUCACACGCCGGUCGAGAUCAACGAGCAGUACGACCUCGCCGACUUCAAAUCUGGCACCGUCGUGGUGGCUCAGUUGCGCGCCAUUCCGGCCCCGUACCGCACCUUGUGUGUCCGCAAUUUCUACCGCGACACACGCAACAGCCUCGAUGCGCACGUGAUGGAGGUGCGCCGGUCGCACCUGACGAACGACGAGGCGUACCGGCAGGCAGCAGAGACGCAGCAGCGGACGGCGGUGGCUGCGGCGAAGCGAAGCGUGUUGACGUCGCGUGCGUCGGCCACGGAGGGCGGCAGCGCCACGACCACUUCCACCGCAGCAGAGGGGCCGGCGGAGACGCCGGGAAAAGGUCCGUCCGCCAUGAACAGCACCGCGUCCAUUCCAUCGACCGCAGAGCGCAGCACCACCGCCAAUGGCAUGACGGAGUCGGUGGACGCGGUGCACAGCAACACCGACGCCGCUGCCAUAACCGAGGGCAGCCGCAGCAGCGCAGCGAACAGCGCGACGCCGACUUCUGCCGUGGCCGCGGUGACGGCUGCCGUGGAAGCCGACCCGACCCGCAUCGCUGCUUCCCUGAACCCCUACGAGGCGGUCCAGUUGCCCAUCCUGCACGAGGCGGUGGUCGAGCCGCUUGGAAUUGAGAACUACUGCCGUCUUCUCUCGAGCUGGGGCUACGAGGCUGUCUGCGCGGCCAUCGGUCGCACCAUUGACUACGACCCAAGUCACAUCCAGCUAUACCAAAACUGCAGCACCGGCGAGCCCGCACCGGACUCGCAGCCGGUGCUCUCCAGCAACGCCACCACGGUGUCUGACCUGCUCUACUUGGAGGCCUACAACCCCACGACGGUGCUGUAUUACGAGCGCCUGCCCAUCCCGCGGGAGCAGCAGCAGAGUAUGGUCAUGCUUACCGUCACGCUGCGCGAUCACGUCGGGCACGCCCUACACCGCGAAAACUUUACCGUGAAGAUCGCCGCAGCGACACCGCAGGCCUUGGUGCGGCAGGUACGGCAGUCUGUGCCUGUGUGGCAGCGGGAAGCGGACCCGUGGGGCACCGUGCAGGACACCCUCAAUGCCACGCACUACGUCCUCUGUUUCGUGGACGUGUCGCAGCAUCAGAUUGUGUCCUUCUACGAGGUGCCGAUGGGCAACACCCCAAACGACGACGAAGAGGCGGCGCCUAUCCUCGAGCCGUCUUUGCUGCGGUGCUUUGAAGUCGAAGUCCAGGCGGCGGUCCCGUUGCAGGCAACGGAGCGACGGGUGGCGUGCUGUCACAUGAACUACGACACGGCAGACCGCAGCGCGUCCGUGGCGCAGCGGCAGCAGCACGAGCGAUGUGCCUUUGGCCAGCCCUUCCUCAUCACCAUCGACACGCAAACCACCGUGCGCGACGCGCAGGCGAUCCUGCUGCAGACGACGCACCUCCCGAAGGACGCGCUGCACAACGCGCACGGCUACGGUGUGAUGAUGGUGGCAGGGCAAACCUACCACUUCGACGACUGGGAUGAGCACGUGCACCUGUACUGGAUGCACACCAAAAACUCCUCAUCGUAUGUGCCGAGCCUGAUGAUGAACCACGCCAAGCCGCGCGAGAAGCCAGGGUCGCGCUACGUCGCGCAGUACAACCCGCAGCUGAAGAUUUCCAACAAGUGA